GGAUAUCAGUUCAACGUUCUUUUAUGAGAUGGUGCUCAUUUAUUUGAAUAUCAAAAAUAUUUGUUACAAAUCUGACUAAACAUUUGAACAACUCCCUGAUUAGAUUAAAUAACCAAACAAGAGUGUUUGCUUUGUUAUUGAAUAAUAAUAUGAUAUAAAACGGGGGUUUCCGAUUACUUCCAUUUAAUUUAUUAUAAGCGUCUCUUCUUUCAGUUGUGAAGUGAAGAGAGUUGCGAGGAACAGUACAGUUUAUUUAUUUCGUAUUGUUCUAGUGGAGAAGUAACGUGUCAUCAUGUCAAUUCCGGAACCUUUAGUAAAAUUAUUUAAAUAUGUAGAAGACAACAAGCAAAAAUUCAUAGAGAACCUCAAGGAAGCAGUGGCAAUUGAAUCAGUAUCAGCAUGGGCCCACAAGAGAGGGGAAAUUCGCAAAAUGGUGGAGCACACUGCGAAACAACUGAAAAAACUGGGCCUCACCACUGACAUUCGCGACAUAGGAAGUCAAACACUACCCGACGGAACGACUUUGCCCUUACCUCCAGUAUUAUUCGCAACUCUGGGCAACGACCCCAAAAAGAAGACUGUCCUGGCAUACGGUCAUUUAGACGUGCAGCCUGCCUACAAGGAAGACGGGUGGGACUCUGAGCCCUUCGAAUUGACAGAAAGAAAUGGAAAACUCUUCGGUAGAGGCUCUUCCGACGACAAGGGGCCAGUCCUGUGCUGGUUAAAUGCAAUCGAAGCUUUCCAAGAGACCGGACAGGAAGUUCCAGUCAACAUCAAGUUUGUCUUCGAGGGGAUGGAGGAAAGCGGCAGUGUUGGAUUGGAGGAGCUGCUCGUUGCGGAAAAACAGAAGUUUCUGGCUGACGUGGAUUACGUUUGUAUUUCUGAUAACUACUGGUUGGGUACCACUAAGCCUUGCUUGACGUAUGGUCUGCGAGGGGUCUGCUACUUCUUCAUAGAGGUUGAAUGUGCGGUUAAGGACUUGCAUAGUGGAGUUUUUGGUGGAACUGUUCAUGAAGCCAUGUCAGACCUGAUCUAUCUGAUGAACACCCUCGUAGAUAAAGAUGGCAAGAUUCUGAUAACGGGUUUGUACAACGAAGUAGCUGCAAUAACUCCCGCAGAACGCGAGCUCUACAAGAAAAUUGUGUUUGACACUGAAGAAUACCGUCGAGACGUGGGCUGUGACAAACUCAUGCACGACGGAGACAAGGAGCAGAUUUUGAUGCACCGUUGGAGAUAUCCUUCUCUAUCUCUUCACGGAAUAGAGGGCGCUUUCAGUGAAUCCGGACAGAAGACUGUGAUACCGAAGAAGGUCAUCGGAAAAUUCUCGAUCAGAAUCGUUCCCAAUCAAAAACCUGAUCAAAUCGAGAAGUAUGUCGUCGAAUAUGUACAGAAAAAGUGGAAAGAGAGAGGAAGCCCCAAUAAAAUGAAGGUGUUGAUGGCUGACGGUGGAUCUCCCUGGACCGAAGAUCCGUCCCAUCCUCAUUAUAGUGCCGCAAUCAAAGCCACUAAGCAUGUUUACAAAGUCGAACCGGAUUUGACCCGUGAAGGCGGUUCCAUUCCGAUCACUCUGACAUUCCAAGAGGUGACUGGAAAGAACAUUAUUCUUCUUCCUGUCGGGGCUGGAGACGAUGGGGCUCAUUCGCAAAACGAAAAAAUCAAUGUAGUUAACUACAUUCAAGGAGCAAAACUUCUUGGAGCGUAUUUGUAUGAAGUAGCACAACUCUGAUGUAUGAAGCCUAUAAAAGCACUGAAAAUACCUUUAUAUUUCAGAUGAAUUGUCAUAUAUAUUGAACUGAAUAUGUAUAUUUUAUGAACUAUCAAACAAGUAAAAUUGGAUAACCAG